AUGAUCCGAGUCAUCCUAGCCUUCAUUUACUUCCAUCUCAUCAGACUCGGACAAACAGCAGUUGUCCCUCUUCCUUCGAGCACCGGGCCAUGCGACGUCACGCUUCAAGCAAGUGAACUAAUCGACCUGUCUCGAACCGAUCCUUUUGACCCCAAAGGAGGAAAACGUGCUCUGAUGGUCACCACCUUCACCCCGGGAAGUUGCGGAAGUGUACUGUCCACAUCAUACAUCCCGAAUGCAACAGCCAGGUAUGAGGACGAGUUUUUCCAGUCUUUCGGAAUAACCUCAGGAACGUUCGAGUCGUUUCGGAUUCAAACCCAAACCGAGCAGCAGCCACCGCCUUCCAGUCUUGAAGGAAAUUACCCGGUUGUACUGUUCUCACCAGCUCUGGGGACCUCAAGAUUGAUAUACACAUCGCUGCUUCAGGACCUUGCCAGUUACGGAUUUGCCGUCAUCUCCGUCGAUCAUCCGUACGAUGCCGACAUCGUGGAGUACCCCGACGGCCGCACGAUUGUCGGAAUCCUCGGGAACAUCAGCACAGAUGCGCAAUACGACUCAGCAUUGAACGUUCGCGUUCAAGAUAUGAGAUUCGUCCUGAAUCAGACCCACAACACCACGGCGCUCGGGGACAUCUUCCCGUUGGCCCGGGGAAAUGCCCAGCUACUCUCUCUAGAUCGAGCAACAAUCUUCGGCCAUUCCCUGGGCGGAGCCACCGCCGCGCAGACCCUAAUGGUUGAUUCUCGAUUCGUCGGAGGCAUCAACCUGGAUGGUUCACUGUGGGGGUCUGUCGUGGACGAAGGACUAUCGCGCCCGUUCCUGAUGUUCGGGAACGCCAACCACACCCAGGCAACGGACGCCAGCUGGGCAGCGGUUUGGCCGCAUCUGCGAGGAUGGAAACUGGAGCUUCAACUCGCACAGUCGAAGCACUAUACGUUCUCCGAUUUCCCAGUGCUGGUGGAUGCCCUGAGUAUCUCGGACGAAGCUAAGCAGAUUGUUCAGGCCGGGUAUAUUGGAACGAUAGGCGGGCUGCGGGCCAGGAACGUGAUUGUUUCGUACAUCACUGCCACACUGCGGUACUUUGUCCAUGGUCUCCCCACAUCCACCAAAAUCCUCAUCCCCAAGGACCUGCGCCAACAGCUUCUGUUUCCUUCACCAAUAGGAACCAUCAGCCAUGGCAUCAACCGGCACCCCCCCCGGUGCACAGCACCAUCGAGGGCGGCCACUGGGUCUCCGGGGCGGGGCGAGCGGCGCAGCGGGGCGGCCGUCAUCUGCGGCGGCCGCGUGCGCCUGUUCACCGACGAGCCCACCUUCCGCCAGCCGGUGGCGCUCCCCGUCUACCAUCUGAAUGAGGCCGAGUGGCCCGCGGUCGACGGCAUGGCCCCGCCCCUGCCGGUGCUCCUCGCGUUUCAGGAGCGUCUGAUGAAGUCCGGGACUGGGUUGACUGAGGAACGACUGUAG